GAGGGAGAGGGAGAGAGAAGAGAGAGGGAGAGAGGGAGAGAAAGGGAGUUUGGAGAGGAUAUGAAUAUGAAUGGAGCUGUGCGCGUUGUCCUUGUUAGCUACGAAGGAGAAAAAACAGGGAAGCAGACAGAGACUUAGACUCAACAAUCUGAACAGAAACACUGCAGUCUCCACCAUGUACCUUUCUGAACACCAGAAGAUCUGGAACAUUUGAAAAGAUACUGACAAAACCCACAUAGACUACUCAACGGGGGACUAAUAGAUCCAAGUGAAGGGGGUAGUGGAAAGACUCAUCCGUAGCUCUAACUCUGACAUGGCCAGUACUCAGACGAGUCUGAAAACCCCAUUCAAAGACCUGACCUCGUUCAAGGGCAACAUGAAGCAGCUGUACCGUGAGAGAAUAGAAGACGUGCCCAUUAAGAAGAGGCUGAUGGCUGAGAUGAACCUGAAACGCCGAAACCUGGACCCUCUGCCCCCCCUGCCCUGGACCCCCAAGGUAAAGAGGGAGGCUGGGGAAGAGCAGACCCAGGACCGGGAGGUGGAUCCAGGCAUGACUAGAUCAAUAGAGAUGGACAGUAGGGGGGAGUUCCAGGUAUGUGGAGCAAAAGCUUUAGACCUGAGCCCCGGGCUGAAACACACGCUGGCAGCCUUCACUCUCAGCAGCGCGCGCUCUCUAGGGGGCCCAGCAGCCUUCUCAGCCCGCUCUGGCCACGAAGCAUCCUCCUCCGGCCCUGGUUCCUACCCUGGCAUGGCACCUCUACCCUCCCCUCCUGUGCUGGGAGGUAUACCCUUGCUGGUGCCCAGUGACAGCUCCACAGAACUCAGCCACUCCCUUCUCGAGGGAGAAUCCAUCUCGUGCUUUGCCGUCGGCGGGGAGAAACGCCUCUGCCUCCCCCAGGUGCUCAACUCGGUUCUCCGCCACUUCUCCUUGCAGCAGAUCAAUUCCGUGUGCGACGAGCUCUAUGUGUACUGCUCACGCUGCGACGGGGAACAGCUCCACAUACUCAAGGUGCUGGGUAUUUUACCCUUCAAUGCUCCGUCCUGCGGCCUCAUCACCUUAACUGACGCCCAACGCCUCUGCAACGCCCUCCUCCGCCCGGGGGCUGUCCUCCCCUCCGAACCCAUCACCAAGCUACCCGGCCAGGAGCUCCUCAAGGAGACGGAGGCCAGCUUCCAGGUGGAGCACCAGUGUCUGGGGAAAUGCCAGGGUCUGUUCGUUCCCCAAUUCUACGCCAAGCCCGAGUCGCCCUGUAUUCAGUGCGUGGAGUGCCAGCUGCUCUUCUCUCCGCAGAAGUUUGUGAUGCACUCUCACAAGUCGCCGGACAAGAGGACCUGUCACUGGGGCUUUGACUCGGCCAAAUGGCCGUGCUACCUGCAGCUGGGGAGGAAGUACCUGGGAACGGCAGAGGAGCCGCAGCUCAAACAGCUGUUGGAGGACAUGAAGGACAAGUUCCACUACAACCGAACCAGCGACAAAAAGGUGGUAGAAGAGGACGGCGAGGUGAGAAGAUCGUCUCCUCCAGAACCUCUAGCGUCUCUUAACAGUAAACUAGCCGACAACGACGCAGGGACCAAGGUUCAAGGCCAAGCCCAGGCUACUCUGGUGUUCCCCCACAUCAAGGAAGAGCCCAGUCACCCCAGUUACAACCUGUAUACAUAUGAUAAGAUGGUGGCUCCUAAUGUGUCUCUGAGGGAUCAGCCGGAGGUCAGCUCUGAGGUUCUGGGGGUGCUGCUCAAACACCACUACAGUAGGAGACUGGCCCUCGGCCACCAAGACACUGCUAUGGAUCUCCAUGCCUCUCCCCCUGCUCCUCCCGCUGUCAAUGACGCCAAGUCUCAGCAGCGCGUUGUUUCUACUGCCGACCGGGACCGCCAGCAGCCAGUUUCCAUGGAGACCAUCCCCAGCAACAAGAGUUCUUCUGCUGUAGCGAUGACCACGUCGGUAGCGGCGCCGGGGAGUAAAGAUGUCCUGUCUUCUGUCUGUGAGGACGACAAGGAAAGGAUCGUAGUGGAGAUCGUUCAGAUGUACAGCAGACAGCAGGAGAAGCUGCAUUCCACCCUGCACAACCAGCUGCAGCUAGAGAUGGAGUUGGAGGCGCUGCGUGGAGGCGAGGCUGUCAGGCUGCAGCAGCUGGCAGCAGAGCAGUGUGAGCUGCAGAGUGAGCUGGAGGCGGUGCACACUGAGCAUGCCCACAGGCUGGGGCAGGUGAGGGAGGAGCAGAGGGAGUUGGAGCACAGACUGGAACAGCUGAGGCAGCAGAGCUGUGUGUGUGACAACACACACCAGGAGGAACGCUAUGCUAACCAGCUUGCAGAGCUGCGCGGGAGGUUGGAUGGUGCGGAGGCUGACCGGGAUAAGCUCCAGGAAGAGUUGAGGAGUGAGCGGGAUGCCCGGGAGAAGCUGGAGAGAAUCAUCUCUCAGCUCCAACAGCAGAUGGGCCAGACGGCCUCCACCUCGGCCUCCUUCGUCACUACAGGGAGCCCCUCUCCGCCCCCCACCCCCUCCUCUCACCCCCCCCACACAGAGGGACACACCGCUGGCCCUGCCGAGCAGCAGAACGGCCAUGCUCAUAAGUAGAGGAACUUAAGAAAUGCCCCUUCUGUCUCUCUCACCUCCGUUCUUUUGCUGCGACUCCCUCCCUUCAUCCCUCACCCCCCUGCUGGGAGAGACGGCAGCCCUUCAGACACAGACAACCCCCUCCCUCACCAUGUGUACCCCCUUCUCCCCUAGGCUGCUUCUCUCAUGUUGAUUAUGGCAGCCCCCCGCACCUCUCUGAUUCAGAGGGGUUGGGUUAAAUGCGGACACAUUUCAGUUGAAUGCAUUCAGUUUUACAACUGACUAGGUAUCUCUCUCCCUCCUCCUCUUUAGUUUUUUGGAUAAGGAUUCCUGUUUGUUUAUUAAUUUAACACCACAUUAGUUUAAUGUUUUGGUUUACCCCCGCCCCCUGUCCGUAAACAGUAUUUCAACUUUUUGGGGAUAUAUAUGUUUGUUUUUUAAUUUAUAGUUUUACUGAAUGAACAAACGACUGCUUGGCAGACCGAUAGGAGUAGGAUGUUUUUAAGGACACUCUCCUCGCAUCCUCUCCUCCUUCCCUCGCAUCCUCUCCUCCUUCCCUCGCAUCCUCUCCUCCUUCCCUCGCAUCCUCUCUUCCUCCUUCCCUCCCUCCUUUAGAUUGUGGAUUUGAUGUGUUGUAGCCCACACUGCGUGUGGGAGGUCAGACAGACAGUUCUAUCCUGGCCCUGCCCCUUGACUCUGUUCUGAACUGCGGUUACACUAGCGUUGUCACUCAUUCUACUACUACCUGGCACGCCAACUGGAGCUGCUGGAGCUAAGAUGGCGCCCGCUUGGGUGUUCCCCAUCUCAUACAGACAGUCCAGUGCUCUGGCCCAGCUACUAGCCACACAGGAAAUUUUAUGGAUACACAUUUUCGUUUCACCUUUGUUUAAAAAAUAAAUAAAAAAUCCUUCUACACAUUACUUUCAAAUAAGCGAAAAGUGGUUUUGAGUUUGAGUGUUUGAUUUCCCUGUUAGCAACGGUUAGUGUGUCUUGCCACCCUCUCUCCUCUGUGAGACACUCUCUGUCCCAAAUAGUAGACUAUUCCCCGUAUGGUGCACUACUUUUGACAAAAGUAAUGCCCUAUUCCCUAUAUAGUAGUGCACAAUAUAGGGAGUAGGUUGUUAUUUGGGAUGCACACUCUGAGAGCUGCAGGGGCUAGCUGUCUGCCUGGGGGAAUAUGGGUCACAGGUGAAAGGAAUUAGUCCAGACUGACAUCUGAUCUGCCUGCCUAGGAUCCAGGGCCCUUCCUCUUUCCCCUUCACCUUAUUCCACCUCACUGAACAAACAGAGCCUUGCCUGGCUCAGGCAGGGAGGUACAGUCAGGCGAAGAGAGCGUGGCAGGGAAGAGAGGAAGGGAAGAGACCGUCAGGCGAAGAGAGCGUGGCAGGGAAGAGAGGAAGGGGAGAGACCGUCAGGCGGAGAGAGCGGGAACGCAGGGGGCAGACACCCUGUCAGGCUGGGUGGGCCGGGAGAGGGGAGACCCUUUUGUCUCAUCAGAAUGUGGGCAGCUGCCAUACCUCCCACACACACACACCAAAGCAAUGGCACAUCAGCCGGGGGUAGUGUGAUUUGUUGUGUAGAAGUCCAGGCGAACAGCACACCCAGCCCCAAUCACCUAGCUCACACAGAACGGAUUUAGCUGCCACAGGCAGACCCUAAGAGAGCAGGGAAGUCUUUUUAUAGCCCCCCUAGACCCUUAGAGCCAGGUUGCAUGUAAAUAGUUAUUUAAAAGAGGGCCUUGGUUUAAACUCUAAGCAUAUUUUUUAUGCAUCUGCUAUACAUGCAAAUUGGUAGACAUUCCACUGUGCUCGGACUUUUCAAUGCAGAUCUCUAAAGAAAGAGUUCCCUUUAGAACCGAGUUUACACCAUGCCCUGACACAGUACUUAUAAUAUAGUAGGACUUAUUUUGUUAUUAAGCAGCAACGUUUAAACAAAGCUUCAAAACCCGCUAUUUUCAUGAGGACAAAAAACACCCCACAAAACUACAACUAAACGACCGCCCUGGGUGUCUGAUGUGAAAUUCAGUUACAUGCAGAACAAAUCCAAUCCAUUCUGCUCUACCGACGGUUGUUCCAUAAACUUUUUUGGAAAUUAUUUUGAGGGGAGAAAAAUAUAUUUAAUGUAUCAACUAAAGAUUUAUAUUCACUUUGUACAUACAUUAGUAAUUUAAUAUAUUAACUAUGCCAUGGGAUAAUAUUCUAAAGGUUAUUAUAAAAUUGACUGGACCAGGCAAGGCCGACGCUCUAAAAACAUCCGUUAUGUUUCUGUUGCCUGAGUCUUUGAAAAAUGCAGAUUUGACUUGUCGUUUACUCUGCUAAAGGAACACUCCGCAAUAUAACGUCAUCGUACGCAGCAGACAGACUUCUUGUUUACCGUUAUCAACAAUAGCAGAAUUCAAGACUGAUUGGCUGUUAACAGUUAUUUUUUACGGCAUUCCUACAUUGGGACUAACGGAUAGUGGCUGUCUUGGCAGAUUAGAAUGUAUUGUUGUCGCUCCGCUGUGUACACUGAUAUUGUGGGGCGCACUUUUUUAAAAGGGUGUAAAAUUGCUGUUGAAGUGCAUGGUGUUCGGAUACGACCGCAGGGCUGAAUAGGAAAGGAAGUACGUCGUUACAGUACUUCCCAGACCUGAUUACCUUGAUUUGUUUAUUUCGUGGAUGAUUUCACCCUGAUAGACUUGACGUAAUCCUAAUGUAUACGCUUUCGCUCUUAAUCCAUUUUUCGUACACUAAACCACAUCCCCAGACAAAUUUGAAUAUGCACCGAACAUGUUUAUAUUUUUAAAAACUAAAUUUGAAAACAAAACAAAAAAACAAAGGUUUGCAUGUAACUAAGUAAAUGGAUUCCCUUUAAUAUGGUUUGUUAGUUUAAUGAUAUCUGACUUAAUAUGUUUAUGGUAGUACACAAACAAUUCGUUUUUAUAAGUGACACUAUUCGUUAGUGCCCAUAGGGCUCUGGUAAAAAAAAAAAAAUGGUGCACUAUAUACGGAAUAGCG